AUGGAAAAGGUUGCCUUCUGUGAAAAAGUUUCCAAGAAAGACUCUGCCUGCCCUCAUGUUUUCAUUAAAGACAACUUCAGGACUCCGCGAGGGGGGUCUGAGGAACGGCAGGAGGGGUCGUGGCUAGACUGCCUGAAGGACUUUCACCCCACACUCACUGACCGUGCCCAGUUCGGAGAGAAGACGACCCCGAGGUCACUCUCUCACUCUCCCCCUCCUCACUCUCGCCCAGGCCCGGCGUCCAGGGACACCCCUAGUCCAGUGGACCCAGAGUCUGUGGAGGUGCUGAUGACCUUUGAGCCUGACCCUGCUGACCUGGCCCUGUCCAGCGUCCCAGGCCAGGACACUUUCGACCCUCGGAAGCACCGCUUCUCCGAGGAGGAGCUGAAGCCCCAGCCCAUCAUGAAGAAGGCUCGAAAGAUGCAGGUGCCGGAGGAGCAGAAGGAUGAAAAGUACUGGAGCCGGCGCUACAAGAACAACGAGGCGGCCAAGCGCUCUCGGGACGCCAGGCGGCUAAAGGAGAACCAGAUAUCAGUGCGGGCAGCCUUCCUGGAGAAGGAGAAUGCCCUGCUCAGACAGGAGGUUGUAGCAGUUCGGCAGGAGCUCUCCCACUACCGGGCAGUGCUGUCCCGCUACCAGGCCCAGCAUGGGGCCCUCUGAUGCUGUGGCCUCCCCAACACCCCUGAGCCCCAACCCUGGCCGGCCCCACCCCCGGACACUGACUCCUGGCCCCUACUGGCUGCCAGCUCACAGGCUGGCUUCUCUGUCCCUGCCUCCACCCCCAGGACAUUCUCCUCUGGGGAGGACCCUGGGCUCCUCACCCUGAGUUCUUGGCAUACUGGGACCAGCAGGCUCUUCCCAGGAACACUGCCAGCUGGACCUUGUGUGGUCCUGGGCAGGACUGAGAAGCCAGACCCAGGUGAAGCACCAUAAGAGCGGAGGAUCCCACAGCAGCCCCGAUCCUUUUCCUUGAACGUUUUCCCCAUCUGCCCACUAGUGUGGCCAUGGACCGGACAUCUGGGCUCCUCGAGGGGCUAAGGCCCAGGGAAUGGUAGGGCAAGGUGCUUAGAUGAUGAUAAA